AUGAUUGCGAAGACCAUAAAGGCGAUUACACACCAGUAUAUUGUCAUCCGGUGGUAUCUAAAAACUAUAAUUGGUCAGAGCCACAAUGUACAAGGAUUGGAUCCGCUGGAUUUCGAAUUAUGCUUGAUAUCGGAGGAGAAAACGUUCAAUAUAUGCAUUGAUGCACCUUUCUGUAACGCGAAGGAUACCCCAUCUUUUCGGAUUAUGCUUGUCAAAUUCCAGCAGGAAUUUAAACAUUGUUCGAAAUGA